GACAGCCAAUCGGAUUGCGGCGAGGUCGUCCGGUCUCGCAAUAUUUCAACAGAAUAAAAUAAUCAAUUGUCUACGUUAUUGAAAUUAUUUAGGUGAAUGUAUGUGAUGAUAUUGAAAUACAUUAGUUUAUGGCCAAUAUAAAAUUGAUGAAAAGUGAUGAUGUGGCAUGACUAUAUUGAACAAUACUAGUAAAGUUGUCACUAGUGAAAUUAUAUGUGUAACAUAUUGGAGGUUAUAAUUAUAAUUUUUUUUCAUAUCAUUUUUCAAUGAUGUCACACGAGACUAUUAUCAAUUUUCUAACAUUGAAUUGUUGGGGUAUUCCGUAUAUUUCAAAAAAUAGAAAAAUUCGUAUGGAAGCAAUCGCCGAAAAGCUUUCUACUGAUGAAUAUGAUAUAAUAUCGUUACAAGAAGUUUGGUCUAUUGAUGAUUUUAAAAUGAUUAGAACUAAAGUACAAGAAAAACUUCCGUAUUCGCAUUAUUUCCAUAGCGGUGUUCUAGGAUCUGGGGUUUGUAUCUUCUCUAAAUAUUGUAUUGAAGAUGUAAUGUUUCAUAGGUGGCCUUUAAACGGCUAUUUUCACAAAAUACAUCAUGGUGAUUGGUUUGGUGGUAAAGGUGUUGGCCUUUGUAAGAUAAAAAUUGAAGAUGUCAAUGUCAAUAUUUAUGCUGCACACUUACAUGCAGAAUAUAAUAAAGAACACGAUGAGUACGCAUCGCAUAGAGUUUUGCAAGCAUUUGAUACAGCACAAUUUAUUAGAAUGACAAGCGGUGGCUCAGAUGCUGUGAUAUUAGGUGGUGAUCUUAAUGCCGAGCCACAAGAUUUAGCUUAUAGAAUUAUAUGCGGCGUUGCUGGAUUAGUAGAUGCUUGCUCAAAUAACUUUAGUAAUAUUGGGACCAAUGAAUGUGCCAAAAAUAGCUAUACAAGCACAAAAGUUGCAAGAAACUAUCCGGAAGGGAAACGCAUAGACCAUAUUUUAUACUUAUGUUCGCCAAAUUUUAAGAUUAACGUAACAAAUUAUCAACAACCUUUUCCUGAAAGAGUACCUAAUAAAAAUUGUAGUUAUUCAGAUCACGAGGCUAUUAUGGCAAGUUUGAAAUUAACUAAUGGCAUAUAUAAAAUUGAUAAUAUUGACAUAAGAGAAUCCUUGCAAGAAGCAAUUAGAAUAUGUGAAUCUGCCAUGAUAUCUGUACGUUAUCAGUGUUUCUGGUAUUUGCUAGCUGUUUUUUUACUUAUUAUACCAAUAAUUUGGUCAAUGGGACUAGAUUCUACUACUACAUCCAUAGGUAUAUGUAUAGGUCUUAAUAUAGGCCGCUUAUUUUUGACUGCAUUACUAUGUUAUGCUUUGUUUAUGAGUAUUAUAUGGAAUAGAGUAGAAAGAAAUGCUUUGAAAGCAGGUUGUUUAGCAAUGAAGAUUCAUUUAAUACAAUUAACCAAUAGAUUGUCUAACUAAAUGCAUUUGCAUACAUAUAAAUGCGUUUGCAAUUAUAUCUUAAUACUUUUACUAAUUCAAAGACUGUACUAAUGAUAUAAUCAAAGAAAAAUUAAUAUUAAUAUAAAAUAUAUUUUAUACGAGUACACCAUCCAAUCAUCUUUGACAAUAAAUGAAAGUGUACAUUUCUAAAAUUGCAAGUCUUACAUUAAUAUGAUAACUGUCACUUUCAUUAGACUAUUCGAUAUUAUAUCUUAUUUUUUUUAGACAUAUUUGCCAUAUUGCUGCAUUUUAUUGAUUUCAUUCAUGUAUACCUGUUUGUAUAUAUAUAUAUAUAUAUAUAUAUAUAUAUAUAUAUAAGAAAUAUCUUGUAUAUAAAUAUGUAUAAGAAAAUCUACUAGAUGAUUAUUAAAUCAUCACAUAUAACAAAUUUAACUUGAGUACAUUCAUCUGUCUAUGCUCUAUUUCACGUCAUAAUAAUCUUAUAAAUCUGGAUAUAUUAUCUGGUGGGCAAUAUAGCAAUUAAGAAUAAAUUUUUGAUAUAUAUUUAUUUCAAUUAAAAAAAUUUGCAUCUUUUAUCAUAUUGUAUAAAUGCAUUAAUAUUUACAAAUUUAGUAUUCAUAUGAUUAUAGGAUAUAAGAAACUUUUAAUAAAUAUAUAAAUAAUAAUUAUAUUAGGUAGUCGGCGAUCUAGUAAUAAAGACCCUUAUAAGAAAAUAAACAUGUUUUUAUAUUUAUAUUUAUAUAUAUUUUGUCUCUUUGACAAUCAUUUAUAGUACUUAUUGAUAAUACAUUAUGAUAUUUCAUUUGAUGUACAUGAUAAAUAUUAUGAUUCGUAAAAGCAUAAUAGAAUAACAAUUACAACUUAUAUUUGUUUACUUCAUAUCACAUUAUGAUUAUUGCUAUAUACUAUGUUGUAUAUUAUAUAAUACAGCAAUUCAAAUAAUCUUGAGAAAAAAAGACUAUUGUUUCAAGAAAUUUCUAAAAAUGUGUGUGUGUGUGUGGGCGCCCGCGAACGUGUGUGUACAAGGUGUCCCAAAACUCAUAAUUGUACUUUAAGAAAAUCAAAAAGGAUAAAAUUUGGGAAUGAUAGUGAUUUUGUCAUCUUUCUAUUCGGUUAUUCUUCAAUGACAGUAAGUUAUAUGACAAUUAUUUGAUUAAAUUGAUCGAACAAGGAGUAUACGAAGUAAAAUCAAAGUAUACGAUUAAUUGUUGCCUUCAAAAUGCUGAUAGCUCUUGCGAAUUUUCAACAGCUCGUUGUCCACCACUCGAGCCGGCAUAUCUUCCUCUAUUUUCAGAUUAUUAAUACUUCGGGACUUUACCUCCAAUACCUUAUAGCUAUUAGGCGAUUUUUAGUUGGCAUAUAAAUAUCUAAUCGCGUAAAUGCCUGUAGAUAUGGGCAACGACGAUUCGGAUACCCUAAUGCAUUAUCUUUACCGUAGUGCAUAAUUAGGUAAAUAAUGACCGGAGAAAAAAGUGACAAAAGAAACUUCGUCUGUCUCUAAAUUUUUCCCUUUCAAUCUCUCAAAUAUUAAUUAUCAGUUUUGGGAUAGCCUAUAUAUAUAUAUAUAUAUAUGUAUAUAUAUAUAUACAUAUAUAUAUAUGUGUGUAUGUAUGUAUUGGUGCGAUAUCUUCAGUAAAAAUUUACUUAUAUAUAUUAGAUAUAUUAUUAAUUCUAUUAUAAAUUCGUGUAUGCAUUAUAUUUUCUAUACGUAACUUUAUAUACAGCAUAAUUACUUGGAGAGAGAGAGAGAGAGAGAGAGAGAGAGAGAGAGAGAGAGAGAGAGAGAGAGGUGGGGGAGAAAAGUUUUUCUAAUAAAUAAGUGUACGUUUACAUACAAAUGUAUAAUUAUAAUUGACUAUGUACUGUAAGGAAGUUUCCCUUCUGUUCAGUGUGAUAGAAGUAAUUAAUUUAGUUUUUUGUAUAAAAUGAUAUUAUCGGAAUAACAAUUUCGCUUAGACUUUCCAAUGCACAUGCUUUCGCUUUCUAUUACUUAUUUUAGACGACACCUUAGCGACACCUCGAUCAUCAUUUUUCUUUUCUGCGAUUGCCAAAAUAUCGCUCAAAUCAUGCACACAGAUGCACACACACUAAGGAAUAUGAUUCAUAUAUUAAACCAUACAAUACGUUGUACCCAAAGAAAGAUAUAAUCACGAUUAUGCGUUUCACAUAUGAUAUCAGUUUGGUUGAAAAUCUUAUCCGCUAUAUAUAAAUCUACAUGCGGCGGUCAGAUAUGUGUGCAUAUGGAAUGUAAAUAUGAUUUCAUGCGACACAGGCACUCUUUGGUUACUUUAACUUCAGGGUAACUGUUCAACAUAAUUUUUUGGAACUAGUCCUGUUUUCCCAUUCAAGGUGCCUUCUAACCAUCCAGGCUCUAAGGAAGCUUUAACUGUAAUCAAUUAAGUUUAUUAAUAAUUAAAUUCAACAAAUAACAAAGAUAUAUUAUGAGAGAAAUAAUUUUUAUUUAAAAAAAAAUGUUACCGUUUGUAAUAAUUUGAUUUGGUUCAAAUGAUAAUUCCCCAUCGCCUUCAGCCAAACAGGCGUAUAAUGUCCGUACUCUCCUAAAAAAAAUAAUAAUAAUUAAUAAAUUAAAAUAAUUAAAAUACAUUGCAAUAUAUUAAAUACUUAUUUAAAAUUAUAUACCAGAUCCCAGGCAUUUGGCCAGGACUCGAACGACCACUACUUGGUGAUGUGUUGGUGCUGACAAAAUUAUAAUUUUUAAUAUUUUUCUAUCACACUACUAGAUGUUUUUUUUUUUUCUUUUUUUUUUUUUUCUUUCUUUCUCCCGAAACAAGAAUUUACUUACAUAGAUAUUGUGGGAUUACUUCGUGGAUAAUUAGCAGGAUAAUGCGUUGUCAUAGCAGUUCCACGCUUUUGUUUGACUGGUAUAUUUGUUGUAAAUGGAUGUGGAUCUGACGCAAUUGACUCACUUGAACUGCUUGUGUUACCACUGGUAAGCACUGAAAUAAUUAUAAAAAUGUCACACAUCAAUUAUUAUAAUAAAUAAUAUAAAAUAUUUCGUAAAAUAUAUAAUUUGAAUGUAACCUUUAUCCGCUGAAUGGUACAUAAGAUUCGAAUUGGUUAAUUUAACUCGUCCACUUCGAUUCUCUAUAAAUGCAGGAAUACGAUGACUACUUGGAUCAAUGUCCUCGUAAUCACCAUUUUUUCUAUCAUCUAUAGAAGGUGACUUGGUCGUAAUUGUUAAGGGCCCAUCGUAAUAAGAUCUUGUAACAUGCUAAGUAAAUAAUCAUAAAUUAAUAUAUAGAUAUCUUCCAUUAUCUUUAAAAGAUGAAUAUGUGAAAAUGAGCUUACAUGUGUAUGUGGUAUCGAAACAGAACUAUGCACUGGGUAUCUUAACAAAGAAUUUCCGUUUCCGGAAGUAGUAGGACCCUCAUCUGCUUCGGUCAUUACUGUAGGUGUAACCAUGCUUUGUAUCAUUUGUGUUGUGCGUAAAAUAUCUUGUGGAGGACCGGCAAUUAUAACUUCACAGUUUUCAAUUAAUAUCUCUACUACAAUAUUGUAAAAUUUAAUAUCCAUUAUAGAGGCCACUGUUUCUUCCUCUGGCCUUAAUAAUGUCGGGCCAAAGCAGACAGCUAGAUUACCAACCGUCAUUAAAUUUUUAUCACUUUUAUUUGCUACACUGUAAGAUAAAAUUGAUAAAAAUGAAAAAUAAAUCAUAAUGAAGUAUAGGGCUUAAUUAAAAAUCAAUCUAUUUACUUGUGUAAAUGAGGUAUAAGCAAAGUCAGCAUAUUGAAGUUUGUCUUUGGUAGCCGAUAGACAAGACCAUGUAUUUCAUUUAUUCGUGUUUCUUUCACUUCGUGUUCUAUUAGGCAGAUUAAACAAUAUAUUUUAUCUUACUAAGAUAAUAUAUCAAGUGCAUUUACAUAAGAAAAGCAAUAUGUUAGUGAAUUUAUCUUUAAUCAAAGAAACAUAGCACUACUAAAUUGAAGUGCAAAUAAAAUAACAUGAUAAAGAAUACCUAUACGCACUCGCAGCUGAAAUGAAACUGUUAUAGUAUCGGAAAGUCAUCAAUGGUUCGGAAAGUGUUCGUAAAUAUGUUUUUAAUGCACUGGUUAUAGUUUUACUUUCCCAUUCAAAACGAUCUUCUAAAGAAAGUUUUUCUAAUUUUCUUCUGUCGAGACCCAUAGCUAAGAGUUUGUUUACUUUAGAGGCAACACCAACGACUCGAUAUAGGCCUUGUUCUUCUAGACCUGAACAAAAAUUGCCCUUACUCAUAAUUUAUUAAGAUCAUGUAUGUGAUAUUAUAUAUGUAAUAUAUAUGUAUAUAUGUAUAUAUAUAUAUAUAUAUAUAUAUAUAUAUGUGUGUGUAUUUAUGUAUUUAUUUAUAAUAUUAAUUUCAAUCAAUAUUAAUUCAAUCGUAAGAAAAUAUGAAAAAGAUUCUACCUCUAUCUUCCAGGACUGUAAUACAUUUAGAUACAAACAUGAAUCCUGUUUCGUCCAAAAUAUUUUCUUCUGUUUUAACUGAUGUUCCUACUAAAGGAUAACUCUAAAAGUGUUAAAAAUUUUAUAUACAAAUUUAUUAUCUCAAGUUAUCCUUAAUUAUCUAUCAUAAGAUUAUUUUGCUUAGACUUACUGGUUCUUUGCCAUCCAUCGCAUCCAUCCAUAAUUUUCUAUCUUCUUCGGAUAAUGCUUGAAAUGUAUAUGUUACAUUAGGCCUAAAAAUAAAAGUCUUAUGAUAUACUUUUCUUCGUCUUUAUAAAAUCAAAAUAACAUUAAAUCACUUACUUAUCGAUAGCUGUGAUAUCAAAACAAAAGCGUUUUUCAAUUGUAUCCGACAUACGUCUUAUACAUGAUGCCAGUGUGAGAGUUUCUUUACUACUCUGUUUAACAUGGUACGAUAAUAAUUCAUUAAAUAUUUUAUAGUGUACAAAUCUUCAUGUUGCUAAAAAAUAUUACUUACAAAUUUGCCUGUAAGUUGAUUGUAUGGGAUCAUUGUAAAUUCUUUUGUAUCCUUUUGAUAUGUACAAUAUUGUUUCGUCCAUGUUGUACCAAAAGCCUCUGAAAUAAUAUUUAAAAACAUUAUUACAAAAAUAUAUAUAUAUAUAUUAUCAAUAUAUAUAUAUAUAUAUAUGUGUGUGUGUGUGUGUGUGUGUGUGUGCGUGCGUGCGUGCGCGCGCGUGUGUGUAUAGACAUUAUUCGUUAUACAUGAUAAAAUUUUCAGUAAUGUUUAUGCGAGUUAUAGAAAUAAAAAAAUUUACUUUUUUCCAUUAGAAAUAAAUAUCCUUCACGAGAAUGCAGUUUGUUCAAUCCUGUCUCCACUGCGGACUAUAAGAAACAAAUAAUAUAAUAAAUGUACGCUAUGCUGCUUCUUAUGUAGAUUAUCUCUCAUCUAUUUCAAUUGAUUGGUAAUAUGUAAUUUUAUCGUCAAUACGUCAUUUAUCAUGCACGUUUAGAAAAAUAUAAUCCCAAAUCCAUAAUAAAAUUGCUUCCAAUACAAAGCUUGUAAUAUUGAACGUUUUAAUAA